AUGGAAGAACAAAAAGAAGCUCACUCAUGUUCAGAACAGCAGGAUAGUGAGAGGGACAUCCAAAACAGGAAGAUAGAGGCGCUGACACGGGAGCUAGAGGACUUUGAAGAGGUGAAGGGGGAGUACUCUCGGUUGGUCAGUUACUGUAAAAGUUUAGGAAAAGAUCUGGAAGAGGCCAAAAGAUGCAUCAACCAGCUCUCCCAAGAGCCACUGUUGGAGAAGGAGAGUUUACAGCAAAAAGCAAACAACAAAAGUUCAGAGAGAGAGAUGCUAGAGAGGCUCAAACGUGAACUAGAGGACUUUGAAGACGUGAAGGGGGAGUACUCUCGGUUGGUCAGUUUGUGUAAACGUUUAGAGAAAGAUCUAGAAGACGCAAACAGAUGCAGCAACCAACUCUGCCAAGAGCUAGUGUUGGAGAAGGAGUGUUCGCAGCAGGUGGCAGUCCACAAAAGUUCAGAGAGAGAGAUGAGGGAGAGGAUAGAGAGGCUCAAAAGUGAACUAGAGGACUUUGAAGAGGUGAAGGGGGAGUACUCUCAGUUGGUCAGUUAUUGUAAACGUUUAGAGAAGGAUUUGGAAGAUGCCAAAAGAUGCAUCAACUCAAACCAACUCCCCACAGACCUACUGUCGGAGAAGGAGAGUUUAAAGCAGGUGGCGGUCGACAAAAGUUCAGAGAAAGAGAUGAUAGAGAGGCUCAAACAAAAACUAGAGGACUUUGAAGACGUGAAGAGGGAGUACUCUCGGUUGGUCAGUUUGUGUAAACGUUUAGAGAAAGAUAUGGAAGAGGCCAAGAAGAACUCUCUGGUGGUAGUAGCAGAGCCAGAGGAGAGUCCAACAGCUUCUGUUUGCUACAGAUGUAUUUGUUUUGGGAUGUCUGCCGUACGGUGGAAGAUCCAGACAGAGCAAAAGCAUCAGCAAGACACGAAGAGGAAGGACUCUCAGCCUGAAAUCCACCUCACAAACUCCAGAGCAGACUACACCAGUUUAGUGGGCUAUUUGUAG